UCAUUACAGCUCUGCAUCAUUAUGAGGUCUGUGUAAUUAGCUGAGGUGUAAUUUGGUCCCUUAUUUCAGCUGUGAAUCUGUAGUUUUCUCCAUGUUUGUGCUCAGUGAGAAUGGCGCCAGUAUUGUUAUCUCGCCCAGAGCUCGUCCCCAUGACCUCGGGGCUUUGUAGCGCUCUACUGCCAUCCAUGGGUGUGCCCAAAUGCUGCCAUUUCAGCAGUUGGUGGCCAUUUUCACCGUUUGAACUGAUUAAAAAUGCCCUUUAUAGAGCACGCACACUAGGAGCAGAGAUUUUUUUUUUUAUAGAUGUUUAUGAUAAAGCACAAGGCCGUGUUGGCACAUCUAUGUGGAGGCACGAGAAAGCUGCUACACACUUUAGUGCAUGCAGAAGAUGAUUGAUGAUUUUCACUACACAAUUACCCUGGACAAAAGAAUUCACGAUAAAUAUACUAUCACAAUAUGUAUAGAUCAUUUAAAACAAAUUAUAAUAAUAAUGCUAUGAGUCAAAUUCAUCUUUAACUUUGUUUAUUGUGCAUCCUGUCUCAUUUUUGGCAAAUGAAUUACAAAAUACGGGUAUAGGGAGGGACAACUAUCACAGUUAGCUUGAAUACCAAUGCAUCACAACACUCCAAAUCUACAGUGUGCAGUGCAAAUCUAAUGUCAAGCAUGCAACAAGACAGCUACGAUCACCACACUGAGUGUAUGAGCUCAGGACAGAAAUAGUGGAAGCCAAGACGCGUGCAGGAUAAAGGAGAAACACAUGAUAUGAUGCCACUUUUUCUCAUUGCCAGAGGGGCCAAGAGAGACAACAGAGAGAGGGAGAGAGUGAGAGGAGAUAAAGACUAAAUAAAAUUCACAGAGAAGGAGAACAAAAGAGAGCGACAGAGAAUUGGAGAUAAUGACACAGCAGAGUAGCAGCGAAAAUGAGGCUGGACAAUUAUUAGAGUGAAAAUGAUGAGGAAUGUCUGUGAAAAUUAAUGAAAAGGGAUUAAAUUAAUACAGGUUAAAUGGUUGACUUCCUCUCUUGCUAAUGUUUAAUGAAAGCGUGUUCUGCCAACAGACUCUGUGAUUAGACAGUUGAUUGGCAGAGCCUGGAAUUCUUUGAGGUCUGGCAGAUUGUCUUCAUGACACUCAUUAUUCCCAUCCUUUACUGGGUCCAUCCCUUUACAAAAGAUGGCAUCUGAACUGCACUUUAUGAGAGGAAUUUUACGUUUGAAAGAGUUCAGGUGCACUCCGCUCUACACAAGUAAAGCAAAUACAUAAGUUAUUAACAAUGCUCCCGGAUGAAAAGACGCCUUGAAAUAGAAGAAAAGAGCUCCACGGUGACAACCUCAGAGAGAAGAUAUGAUGUGGGGGUGUCUGACGGCAGCCUCUAUGGCUUCAGUUAUUAUACACUCAGCAGGUGCCGCAUGCACAUUUUUCUUAUUGUCACCGAUGAAUAAAGACGUGUCAGUUCUCUAUAUGCAAUGAAAAGCAUUGCCAUCAAACUAGAAAGAGAACAGAGUUGUCCACAUCGAUGUUACCAAGUCACAAUGAAAGCUAAAGAAAAGAGAAAAAAAGAAGACUUGGGAAAAUUCAUUUUGUACCCAUUUAUUAAGUGAUCACAAGACAGUUUGGGUCAUUUUGAGACCAGAAAAUAGUUAUUGUGUGAUCAUGAAAGCUUGUUUUAUCAUUUUAAGAUCACGAGAAAGCCUUAAACAUAAAACGAGUUACACACAUGGCCUUUUCCAUCGGCAAUAAUAACUGCUGCCAACUCUGUGAGGAGGACCAAUUCAAGUUUUAAGUGAUGACAUUUUUUUUUAAAAUUAGGACAUUCUGGCUUGUCCUGUGUUAUCAAAUAGUCCUUAAUAAGGGUUGGGGUAAGGGAUGUAGUUGUCGGUUAGGGGCUAUAGGGAAAGCAUUGUGUCAAAUAUGAUCCUCACUAGUUUGGAGUAAUUUGUGUGUUUAGUGUCUAUUGCACACGGAAUCAUUAAGAACAUAUUCAACAGUCAAACUGUACAAAUUGGGACCACUGGAAGACAAAUUAAGAUAUCAAUGUGCUGUAGCCAUGGAUUUCUACUGGCAGUGAAUUAUCGAGCUUACACCUUGCACAGUGACCACACAGCAGUACAUGGGGUAAGUGAUCUCUCGGAGUGAUUUUUCAUUUUCAGUCAGCCCUCUCACUUGAGUACCUGGUUUUCUUUGAGGAGGCCAAGAAAUGGAGCUUAGUUAACUGAAGAUAGAAGGGUAAAGGACGUCCAUAUUUAUGUUUGAACCUUUGCUGCCACCCUGUGAAUGUGACGAUUACUGCAUUCUCUUUACAUGGUGGUGCAGCAAAGCAAAUGUACAUUGGUACAUGACAAAACAAAGGUUUCCUCAGCUACAUGAAACUUGCAAGGGAAAAAAUCUUGAAUAUAAAAUGAAUACUUAAUACAAUUUCAGUUAAAAGCUGAAGAUACUUUAUUAUGUAUGAUCAUUAUAAUGAUCGAUUACAUACUACUUCGAUCGAUAAUGAAUCCCCUGUGAAAUGUAAUCAGAUGAUAUAUUUGACAUAUUCACUUGGCUCCAGGCUAUUUCCAACAUACCCCUGGACCGUGGCAUUACCCUUCUAAGAAGCAGCAGUGUGUGCGUGUGUGUGUGUGUGUGUGUGUGUUUAUAUACUACUUUAACCUUUUUCUCUCUGUUAGACAUGGAACAGUGCGAUUCGAAACAGCGCUGCCACAUGCCCCCUCACAUCACCAUGACACAUUCCCAUAAAAUGACAACUACCUGUCACCAGUUAUUUAUAUGGCACAACAAUGACUGUCACUGGCUCGCUCUCUGGCUGUGUGUAAGGCAGCAUAUUGGGUGUGAUUCCACCGGUAACCACAAGGGGUCAGUCUUGCUGCAGAAAUAGAGGAGCAGACACAGGCGAGACUGACGAGGGAGCAGCAGGUGAGCCGAGGAGGACUGACAUUUUUUUGGAUGGGGCUCAGAAAGCUGUCUCUUCUCAUAUCACUUCACAGUGCACCCCGCACAGAGCAGCCCGUAUCACUCACCCAACGUGACUGUGUGGGGAAAGGAGCCCAUCCGUGGCUGACAAACUGAAUAAGUCAGCAGACCAGGGCAGCAGGCAAGGAAAGGAAAGGAGAUGACCUGGCCGUUUUGUCUGAGCAGGACAUUCUGUCAUCAUUAUUCACGGUUGUUUAGGGCGUAAAAUGACACUGCCAGCUGUCCAGUAUGCUGCUGGAAAUUGUUGCGAGGAGACGCUUCAAGUUUUAAAGAGAAAUUCGAGACCCCGUCUAGUUCCCGUUCCCCUCAUUUCAUCUGGGCCAUUGCGGUAGAGGCGAGUGGCCAAAUAUGACUUUAAAACUCUAAUCUAAACUUCAGAACACUUCUUAAAUCCAUCCUGAAAUAAGCUCAAAGCACGGCUGAGGCAUAGCCCCUGAGGUGAAAUGACACCAAAAUAGGCAGCAAAGCGAUUGGUAUGAUAUCUGACACUGGCUUACCUGCUGUGAUUGUGCUGAAAGCUAAAGCCAUUGGGAUUAUAGCAACAUGACAAUGGUAAAAAAUGUACCACUUUAAAAACAACAACAUAGUAAUAGCUUUUAAUAGCUUCAAUAUGUUUUGUCAUAUACGUCAAUUCAAUCAUCCGUCUCAGAGCGUAAGCAGCAGUAAGUGUCAAGAAGACGUUUAAGUGAAGAUGGUGAUAUGGUUACGCCUCGGACAUAGUGGAGUUGGUAAGAUAUUGUAAAAGUGCAAGCUACAGUCGGAUUUAGGAUAUGCCAUGAAGCAGAAUGACGGAUGAGCUGUCAGAAGCAGCCGUGGGCAGCAGCACCUGGAUCUCUCCCACAUUAAUACCUUGACGGCCAUGUCUCCCCUCACGAAUCCCUGGCUUUAAAUCCAUCCAUCCAUCCAUCAUCCUCCAUCCAGUACAGACAAUGUGAUGAGGACAGCCUACUUUGCCUGGAAUGCCUUCUGAGCACACAUGCCACAUAACAUAGAGCAGCAGAUCAGCUCUCUGAAAUCAGCCUCAGAAAUAAGUACACACACACACACACACACACACACACACACACACACGUCAUAAAAGAAUAGCCAAACGUCAGAGAAAGAGAAAAGAAUGGAUACAUGCAUGCAAAACAGGUCUGGCAAGAACAGAGCCGAGGCUGAUUGGGAGGGGUUGAGACAGAGAGGCAGCCAAUGCGCAGCUCUGCAUCUUGAGGAAGAGAGGGGAAGAGAGCGAGAGAGAGAUAAGGGUAGAGUGAGGAAGUGAGGGUGAGGGAGGGGGUGAGGCUGAGGCUGAGGCAGUCACUCUGAGAGGGAAGAUUCCAGCGUGAUGCUGCUGGAUGUGAGCUGCUCUCCUCUAACCGGUCUCUGGCUGUCCCUUUGACCGAGCCAGCGGUGUGCGAGUGUGGUAACUGUAUAUUUACCAGCUCUGGGGCGCUCUGCAGCUGCUCGUGCUGAGGCUGAAGCUGACUGGCCGGAUCCCUGCCUGGGCUGCCUGGAGCAGAGAGGGGUUUGACUGGAGCUGAGGUCCAGGGCAGGGCAGGGACGGCACGGCUGUAGGGCCGUUUGCACCGGCGGCCCCACAGGGGAGCAAACAUGAGCGUUCCCAUGCUAAAGAUCGGGGCGGUGCUCAGCACCAUGGCCAUGGUGACCAACUGGAUGUCUCAGACUCUGCCCUCACUGGUGGGACUCAACGGGACAACAAUCUCCAGAGAGGGCACCUCGGAGAGGAUUGUCAGCACUCUGUACCCGAGCCCAGAGGAGGGCUGGCAGAUCUACAGCUCGGCACAGGACGCAGAUGGGAAGUGUAUCUGUACCGUGGUCGCACCGGCCCAGAACAUGUGUAACCGCGACCCACGCAGCAGGCAACUUCGCCAGCUCAUGGAGAAGGUUCAGAACAUUAGCCAGUCAAUGGAGGUGCUGGACCUGCGGACGUCCAGAGAUCUACAGUAUGUAAGGAACACGGAGAACCAAAUGAAAGUGGUGGAUGGAAAGCUGAAGGUGGCCUCUGAAAAUCCCCGCAGCCUCAAUCCAAAAGCCUUUCAGGAGUUGAAAGACACAGUGACCCAGCUGCUCCCCUUGCUGCCGGUGCUGGAACAGUUCAAGACGGAUGCCAAGAUGAUCCUGCGUAUUCGGGAGGAGGUGAGGAAUCUGUCCUUGGUGCUGAUGGCCAUCCAGGAAGAGAUGGGGGCCUAUGAUUAUGAGGAGCUGCGCCAGAGAGUCAUGCUGCUGGAGACCAGGCUCCACUCCUGCAUGCAGAAACUAGGCUGCGGGAAGUUGACUGGCGUCAGUAAUCCCAUCACAGUGCGUGCAUCAGGGUCAAGGUUUGGCUCCUGGAUGACUGAUACCAUGAUCCCCAGCUCAGACAACAAAGUGUGGUCCAUGGAUGGUUACUUCAAGGGACGGCGUGUCCUGGAAUACCGGACAAUGAAUGACUUCAUGAAGGGGCAGAACUUUGUGCAACACUUGCUGCCUCACCCCUGGGCAGGCACUGGUCAUGUGGUCUACAAUGGCUCACUGUACUACAACAAGUACCAGAGCAACAUCAUCAUCAAGUACCACUUCCGUUCUCGAAGUGUGCUGGUGCAGCGCAGCCUGACCGGAGCCGGCUAUAACAACACCUUUCCCUACUCCUGGGGUGGCUCCUCUGACAUCGACCUGAUGGCGGAUGAGAAUGGCCUGUGGGCCGUUUACACCACCAUCCCCAAUGCUGGGAACAUUGUCAUCAGCCGCCUGGAGCCCCAGAGUCUGGAAGUGCUGCAGACCUGGGACACAGGCUUUCCCAAGCGCAGUGCUGGAGAAUCUUUCAUGAUCUGCGGUACACUUUAUGUCACCAACUCCCACCUGGCUGGUGCCAAGAUCUACUUUGCCUACUACACCAACACAUCAAGCUAUGAGUACACAGACAUCCCUUUCCACAAUCAAUACUCCCACAUCUCCAUGAUGGACUACAACCCCAGGGAGAGGGUCCUGUACACCUGGAACAACGGACACCAGGUGCUCUACAAUGUCACACUGUUCCAGGUUAUUAAGACUUCUGGGGACUGAGAGCCCUCAGGCUGACCCACUCAAAUAAUGCUGUGAUCAUUGUUCGGGCAGGGGCAAGGGAGCCGGGUGGAGGCGGGUAGGGUUGCGGGUGGUGUGGGUUGGGGGAUUCAGUGUAAGGGCAUUGGCUUGGAUUUUUUUUUUAAAGAAUUUCAAUCUUCAUAGAGUGCUAUUGUUCACAUUCUCAAAAAAACACUCCGGCAGCAAUGUCGGUAAAGAUACAAAGACUGAGCGCUUCUCUUAUUUUUCUUUCUGUGAUGAGUAAGCAUGGUUCUUUUUAUUUGUGAUGAGAAAUAAAUAUCAAUCUUUACCAUUUA